AUGCAGUCUUUGAUGCUCUACGAGCUCUUGGAGGCUGGUACACCUGUCGAACUAAUCAUUGGCUUUGCAAUAUUCACAGCCUUAAACUCGUUAUUCUGCGCUGUCGAGAUCAUCAACCACAGAUUUACUGCGUUUGCAGAAAUCCUCAUCGAUUCGCUAUUUGAUCUUUGUGCUGCUGUACUCUUCCCCAUCGUAAUUCUCGUCUACAGUGCCAAGAAUUUCGACUUUGAUCGUGCUGUGUACCACAUCAACAUGGAGUUGCUACCCGUUGGAAGCUUCGAAAGACGAGCACGUAUGUUCGCCAGUCCAACAGAGAUCGAGCUCUUCCGUGUUUCUUUUGAUUCUCUCCGAAUUCGCAGUGUGUCGGAUUAUUUCUUACGGAUUGGGAUGAAUCUUGGAUUUUCUUAUCGUUUCAAGAGAGUGGUGGAAGUGCUUAUACAAAUGCAGAAUCAGAGACAGCGCCACCAAUCCUCGAGAAGAGCGUCAUUGGCGCGGCAAUAUUCAAAUUUGCUGAAAUUUUCACAGUUUCCAAAUGGUCGGCAGCCAUGUCAACGUGCGGCCCCAAAAUCUCUCGCCAUCCUGUAUCUCGCUUAUAGUGUUGCAGUUAUUGUUGUCACGCAACGAUCUAUCUCGACAUCGCAAGCAGCUUGUGCUUCCUACCCUGAAUGUGUCGUCUUUGCCUAUCGAUGGAGAGAUACUGGGCUCUGUCCGUGUCGUGCUCUCAUUGACGGAAAUCGAGCACCGAAAACGUACUUUGAGUGGACUCACCCCGUUGACGCUACAGAUACUGUGAAAGCCUUGGCAGCAGCUGGGACAUUGGAGACACUUCAGUUAAUCAAUCGACAGCUAACCGUGCUACCAGAUGAGCUUCGAGGAUGCCACAAUCUCAAUUAUAUAUCCUUGAUCAAUUGUGCCAUUGAGGAACUGCCGGCGUGGGCUAAGGAGUUCCACAAGCUGCAGUAUCUACAGAUUGAAGGCAAAGUGGGGAGUAACAAUUUAGGUAAUUUUGCUGAUGAUCUCUUCAGCGACAUGCCCGAGCUGCGAUAUCUGCAACUCGGCCUUCAUCGAAGAAUGAUCCGAUUGCCUCCUUUGGAUGGGGCUCCGAACUUGUCCUGCCUGGUUAUGGCUCGCAUGAGUGAGUUUACUGCACUCCCUUCUUUCAAGCAUCUUCGCCGACUUCAAAGACUCGAAUUUAGCGUCAUGAAGCAACUGUCCUGGAUUCCCGAUCUCGAAUCCGUCGAUACGAUUAUCCACUUUGCAGUGUAUCAAGGAGCAGCUUUAUGCUGCAAUGGUUUCGUCGGGACGUGUAACCUCACCAACCCGUUCUGCAACGGAGGCUCCUGUCUGGAAGAUUUUUCUCUUAGAGCUUCACCGGCAACAUUGCAAGUUUUCAAUGAAUUUUCUGAUAAUGUCUGCCAGCCUUACUCCGGAAUCUCCCAAACCCCAACGACUCCUAUGAUUAAAAUGUGCGAUGGGGUUCCAUAUCGAGAAUGUCGUGUAUCUGGUCCCGAGCCCAACACAUCCGUUGUGGGGAUGUGUUACAAUCAUCGGAUGCAGGUUCUAGCGUGCAAUCCAGAUCCUGCUAAAAUCCGAGUUCGUCGUCGCCAAAUCCACGACGGAGUUGGUGAUCCAUGCGAUCCUGUCGAAGAAGCUUGGUUGGGGUGCAUUAGAACCGCAGCAUGA